GUACCCUCUUUCGAUUUCGAUGCAAUUUUUUAAUAUUUUGUUUUAGCAUGCAAUCGCCAACGCAUUGUAGAUUCACGGAGGUUGUUUCAAAUGCGAAUUUUGUCACUUCAAUUGAGCUUUUCUGUAUGAACACUCUAAUUGCAUCGUAUGGGUUUAUAUUUAUUUGCUUCAGUUUUCAUUGCAUUUCGAGUUUUUCACUUUUGUUUUCUGCUUAUUUUUUGCAUUUAACUGUAUAAAGUUAGAGACUUGAAUUAUGAAUCUAAUCCUUAUACUCAUUAAGGUUAUCAACAAUAAAUCAACUGCAAAUUAUGUAGUUUGGCAAAAAAGGUUGCUCUUUAUUUGGACUGCAAAAUAAUUUGAAGAAAAUUAAUGGGGUUUUUCAUAAUUACAAUGCUGCUUUGGUGUUGAAGUUUGCCCAAAUUAUCCAGCUCGUCUGGAAGCUUUUAAAAUGACUGCAAAUGCUUUUGGAACCAAUCCUUAAUAAAAAUGCAAGUGAAUCCUGGAAAAGCACUUGAAGUGCUUCAUGCAAGAAGCACAUAAGAAACCCAAAAACACUUUCACCAAAAGUGCUUUCAGUCAUUUUAAAAGCACUUCCAUACAAACCCUUCAUUUCCUUUUUUCAUGUUAAAUACAUUGGGGUUUUAACUUUUUGUUUUGAGUAACGAAUUUCGCAUUGUAUCGUGUUCAUGCCUGUGAAAAAUGUCAGAGAAUUUGGAAUUGAUAAAGGAUGUAUAGCUCAACAAGAUCAAAAGCUAUCUGGACUCCGGGGCACCGGAAAGUAUUCUUUGAUCUUUGUCUAGAAGAGGUGGACAAAGGGAAUAAGCCGGGUACACACUUUACUAAGGAGGGUUGGAGGAAUCUCAUCCAAGGGUUCUACGAGCAGACGGGUUUAAGGUACACCAAGAAGCAAAUGAAGAAUCAUUGGGAUUUCACCAAGAAGCAAUGGAAAGUUUGGGUUAAGCUCAUCGCCGAGAGUAGUAUGAAGUGGGAUCCUACGACCAAUCAAUUUGGUGCUAGUGCAGAAGAAUGGGCUCACUACAUACAGGUGAACCCCGAAGCUGCACAGUUUCAGCAUAAGGAAAUCCCGUGCCCUGACCUAUUGGAAAUCCUUUUUGUUGGCACUAUGGAUUCUGGGGACAUGGAGCCUUGUGAUUCUCAGAGGAAGCAAAGCAAUAGCUCGGACAACUCCUUUCUGCACUCAGAAGAACAAGAUUUGGUGACUGUGGAGCUGGGAGAGGAGCAUAUUUCAAACGCUGUUCCAUUAAGGAGUUACGUGGCUCAGUCUGAACACCGUCUAACAACUGCAAGUGAGCAGAGCAUAUCUAGCUCAUCCCAUUCAAAGGCAAAGGCCGUUUGGUCGCCUGCAUCCCACGGUGUAUUUAUUGAUCUAUGUCUAGAAGAGACAUUGAAAGGGAACAAACCUGGGACACAUUUUACCAGGGACGCUUGGAGGACUAUUGUUGAAUCAUUUAACCAAAAAACUGGCCUUAUGUAUGAUAGGUUGCAGUUGAAGAAUCAUUGGGAUGUCACCAAGGAGCAAUGGAGAAUCUGGUGUAAGCUAAUUGGCACAACUUGUAUGGGUUGGAAUCCGAACACCAGACGAUUUGGAGCAAAUGAUGAAGAUUGGGCCAAUUACUUAGAGACCGACCCUGAAGCUGCUUCAUUCCGCUUUAAGGAACCUCAAUGCGCCGACAAACUGGAAAUCAUAUAUGAUGGAACAAUUGAUACCGGAGAGACAGAGCCUCCUGCUAGGCGUAGGAAGUACAACGAUAACUUGAGUACAUCCGUUUUGCAUAUAGAAGAAGAUGGAGGCAUAGCGAAUCAAGAGGAGAACAACGUUGGGCAACUGGAUGCUGUAACAUUUGCUUUUGCACAAGGCAAGCCCACUUAUAGCAUCGGGGAGUGCAUCAACUGCCUUGAUGCCAUGGAGGAAGUAGAACAAGGAAGUGAUCUCUAUUUGUUUGCUUUAGAUGUAUUCCUGAAAAGGGAGUACAGAGAAAUAUUUCUUCAACUGAAAAGGCCUAGUGUAAGAAUUGCUUGGUUGCAGCGGCUGCAAUCCGUCAGCCCGCCUUUGUUCUAGGAUGUUUCUUGUCUCUUGGAUUUCACUUGUUCAUUGAAAGGUAGCUGAUUUCUUUCAUCA